CCUUUGCUCAAAUCUUCAACCAAUCCCGAUACACCAAUUCCAUUAUCAAAGUUUGUCAUCAGGGUAAAAACAAGUCCACCUACCAUAAUUGUCUACAUGACCACUACCGAAUGCAUAAUUCCAACAAGCCUCUUGAUCACCACAACUUACCCCACGACCGCAUGCAUAACAACGACCCAAGUGUCCUUCACGACAACGUGCACCACCACUGCUGGCACAGAGAACACAGAGACAACCAUAACCAGUACUAAUCCCGCUACAGAUGAAGAAUCAUCAGCCACGACCCCUUCUGCUACUAGAGAGAGUGUCUACACAUCCACAGCCAUCACAAACACACUGCACACAACAGCCGAAACCACUUCAUCACCACAUUACAUGAAUACACUCACAACGUCCACAACUCUUCUACCACCUUCACCCACUGCAGCCAGAACAGAAACAAGUGAGACGGCCAUCCCAACGUCGAAAGCAACAUUCUUGCAGACACCUACACUUACUCCUACCACGGACACCUCUACAGACACUCUCACUACGGAAUUUACUUCUACUUCCCGGGCCACUUCAUCAGUCACUCCCACGAGUAUAAUUCAUUCCUCCACGACCACCAUCCCUGCUACCAUGACCACUGAUUCAGUAACAUCAUUUUCACCUGUGCCAAGUACAGAAACAGUGAGCAGUGAGACUACAAACACUAUCCUGACGCCCACCAUUACUACCACAGUCCUUGCCACUCUUGCCGUAUCUACUCCUACAUCUGAGACUACAGACUUUAAAUCUCCAAGUAGUACUGUCACCAACCCCAUGACUGAAAUCACAUCUGCAAUCACUACCACUGACAUACCAACAACUACUACAUUCAUCACACCCACUUCUCCAACUGUUCUAACUACAGAAACAGCCACAGACUCUGUAACAAUACCCACGCUGACAACCACACACAGGACAUCAGGUGUCACUUCCACACACACCCUCUCCACAGAGAGCACAGCCACGUCAGCAAUCAUCUCAUCUGCAACAACCUCCGGUACUGAGGGCACAUCAACUAAUAUACGGCCAUCAUCUCUUAGUAUUGGCAUGACUACAGAAACACCUACUACAUUCACCCUCUCACCGACCGUUACCACAGAUGCAUUUAGUACGACAGCCAUCACUACAUCGCACACCAUUAGAGGUACAUCAGAAACCCCCACAAAUAUCAUUGCAUCUUCCUCCACUCACCAAAACACGGAAACAACAUUCAGUGUUACCACAUCGUCUUCCACAACACCCACUAUGAUCACUUCACCUGCAAGUACUGGAAGCACCCCUACACUUCACCUUACUACAAUCAUUCCCAUUACCUCUGCCGUCUCCACUUCAACAUCUACCAGCACUACAUGGACACCUCCCACAAAGAGUGUCCACACAUCCCCAACCAGCACACAAACACUGCACACUACAGCUGAAACCACCUUCUCACUCACUUCCACCAAUACAUUGACAACAUCCACAACUCCUCUACCACCUUCAUCCACUGCAGCCACAACAGAAACAAGCAAGAUGACCAUCCCAACGUCUAAAGAAACAUCCUUGCAGACAUCUACACUUACUCCUACCAUGGACACCUCUGCAGACACAAUGGAAUUUACCACUAUUUCUCCUACCACUUUAUCACUCACUCCCACGAGUACAGUUCAUUCUUCCAAGACCAGCACCCAUGCUACCAUGACUACCGAUAUAGUAACAUCAUCCACACAUACGCUUUCGUCUUCUUCACCUGUCCCAAAUUCAGAAAUACUCAGCAGUGAGACUACAAAUACUAACCCGACACCCUCCAUGACCACUACACUCCUUAUGACUGAUGCCAUAUCUACACCGACAUCUGAGACCACAGGCUCUAAUACUCCAAGUAGUACUGUCACCUAUCCCACAACUGAAAUCACAUCUGUGAUCACUACCACUGAGAUAACUACUACCUUCAUCACCCCCACUUCUUCAACCUUCCCAGCUACACAAACAGCCAGGUCCGCUACCACAGACUCUGUAAGAACACCCACUCGGACAACCACACACAGGACAUCAGAUGUCACUUCUACAAAUACCCUCUCUACAGAGAGGACAUCCAUGUCGGCAAUCAUCUCAUCUGCAACUACCUCUGGUACCGAGGGCAUAUCAACGAAUAUACCUCCAUUAUCUCUUAGUCCUGGCAUGACUACAGCAACACCUACUACAGUCACCAUCUCACCCACGGUUACUACAGGUAAAUUUAGAACGACAGCCAUCACCUCAACACACACUGUUAGCAGUACAUCAGGAACCCCUACAAACAUCACUGCAUCUUCCUCCGCUCACCAAAACACAAACACAACAUUGAGUGUUAAGACUUCAUCUUCCAUAAUGCCCACAAUUAUCACUUGGCUUGCAAGUACUGAAAGCACCCCUACACUUCCCGUCACUACAACCAUUCCCACUACGUCCGCUGUCUCCACUUUGACAUUUACCAGCAGUACAUGGACAGCUCCCACAGAGAGUGUCUACACAUCUCCAACCAGCACACAAACAGUGGGCACUAUAGCUGAAACCACCUUGUCACCAACUUCUACCAAUACAUUCACAACAUCCACAACUCCAUUACCACCUUCAUCCACUGCAGCCACAACAGAAAUAGGCAAGUUGACUGUCACAACAUCUAAUUCAAUCUCCGUGCAGACAUCUACACUUACUCCUACCACGGACACCACUAUAGACACUCUCACUACGGAAUAUACCUCUACUUCCCCGGCCACUUCAUCAGUCACUCCCACAAGUACAGUCCAUUCUUCCACGAACACCACCCCUGCUGCCAUGACCACCGAUACAGUAACAUCACCCACACACUUGCUUUCGUCUUCUUCACCGGUCUUAAGUACAGAAGCAGUCAGCAGCGAGACUACAAACGCUGCCCCGACGUCCUCCAUGACUACCACACUCCUUACCACUGAUGCCAUAUCUACUCCUAAAUCUGAGACCACAGCCUCUAAUUCUCCAAGUAGUACUGUCACCACUCCCACAACUGAAAGCACAUCUGCGAUCACUACCACUGAUGUAUCAACAGCUACUACAUUCAUCACACCCACGUCUCCAACUUUCCCAGCUACACAAACAGCCAGGUCCACUACCACAGACUCUGUAACAACACCCACUCUGACGAACACGCACAGGACAUCAGGUGUCACUUACACACACACCCUCUCCACAGACAGGACAUCCACAUUGACUAUCAACUCAUCUGCCACCACCUCUGGUACCGAGGGCACAUCAACAAAUAUACCUCCAUCAUCUCUUAGUACUGGCAUGACUACAGCAACACCUACUACAGUCACCCUCUCACCCACGGUUACCACAGAUACAUUUAGUAUGACAGCCAUCACUGCAACGGACACUGUUAGGACUACAUCAGGAACCCCCACAAAUAUCAUUGCAUCUUCCUCCACUCACCAAAACACAGAAACAACAUUCAGUUUUACCACAUCGUCUUCCUUAAUGCCCACGAUGACCACUUUGCCUGCAAGUACGGAAAGCACCUCUACACGUCCCAUCACUACGACCAUUCCCACUACAUCUGCUGCCUCCACUUCAACGUUUCCAAGCAGUACGUGGACAACUCCCACAGAGAGUGUCUACAAGUCUCCAAGCAGCACACAAACAGUGGGCAGUACUGCUGAAAAAACUUCCUCACCCACUUCCACCAAUACAUUCACCAUAUCCACAACUCCUCUACCACCUUCGUCCACUGCAGCCACAACAGAAACAAGCGAGCAGCACGACUACAGCAACACCUACUACAAUCACCCUCUCACCUAUGGUUACCACAGAAACAACAUUCAGUUUUACCACAUCGUCUUCCUUAAUGCCCACGAUGACCACUUUGCCUGCAAGUACGGAAAGCACCUCUACACGUCCCGUCACUACGACCAUUCCUACUACGUCUGCUGCCUCCACUUCAACGUUUCCAAGUAG